AUGGAUAUCGUGACCUAUGAGGAUGUUCACAUUGACUUUACUGAGGAUGAAUGGAUUUUGCUGAAUCCUUCCCAAAAGAGUCUGUACGUAGAUGUGAUGCUGGAGACAUACAGGAACCUCACUGCUCUUGGCUACAGUUGGGAAGACCAUAAUUUUGAAGAGUAUUGUCAAAGUGCUAGAAAACAUGGAAGGUAA